GUGUUUUGGUUUAGAAGCGGUGCUUUAACACAGUCAGUAAACAGAGGCGGUGUACAGAGGGUAACCCUGUGUAACCCUGCAGCCGUACACGCACCACUAUAUGUUUAUCUUGUUUAUUAUUUUUAUUUAUUCGAGGAUAUUCCGGUCCUGUCCGUGUUUACCGGGACGUUUAGUGAGUGUUAGUUUGCGGUUUCCGUGUGUCUGAUGAGGAGGACGGAGGUCAUGAUCUGAGGAUCAGAAGCGGAAAGAGAGGAGAAACACCGGGGAUGCGAACAUGGCAUCGGUGCGCGUGGCGGUGCGCGUGCGGCCCAUGAACCAACGGGAGAAGGAGCUCUCUGCUCAGUCCAUCAUCCAGAUGGAAGGAAACAAGACGACCAUCACCAACUUAAAAAUCCCUGAUGGCGUGACGGGCGAUUCUGUGAGAGAGAGAACGAAAACGUUUACUUAUGACUUCUCUUACGACUCGGGCGACCGCAUGAGCACCAGAUUCGUCUCACAAGAGAAGGUGUUUAAGGACCUGGGUUCAGAUGUGCUCAAGGCAGCAUUCGAGGGCUAUAACGCCUGCAUCUUUGCUUAUGGACAGACGGGCUCAGGAAAAUCCUACACCAUGAUGGGCAAUCAGGGAGAUGUGGGGCUGAUCCCGAGGAUCUGCGAGGGCCUGUUCACCCGGAUAACUGGCAUGACCCGACGCGAUGAAGCCUCCUUCCGUACAGAAGUCAGUUAUUUGGAGAUCUAUAACGAGCGUGUGCGAGACCUGCUAAGGAGAAAGCUGGCUAAGACGUAUAACCUGCGAGUAAGAGAGCACCCCAAAGACGGCCCUUAUGUUGAAGAUCUGUCGAAGCACCUGGUUCAGAACUACAGCGACGUGGAGGAGCUGAUGGAGGCUGGAAACAUCAACCGCACGACUGCUAGCACCGGCAUGAACGACGCCAGCAGCCGCUCGCAUGCCAUCUUCACUAUCAACUUCACGCAGGCAAAGUUUGAUGCGGAGAUGCCGUGUGAAACGGUGAGUAAGAUUCACUUGGUGGAUCUGGCAGGCAGUGAGAGAGCCGAUGCAACAGGAGCCACCGGUGUUCGCCUGAAAGAAGGAGGCAACAUCAACAAGAGCCUGGUUACCCUCGGCAACGUCAUAUCAGCCCUGGCUGAUAUGUCUCAGGACGGCGGGAGCGGCCAUCUGAAGAAAAAGCAGGUGUUUGUCCCGUACAGAGACUCGGUCCUCACGUGGCUUCUCAAAGACAGUCUGGGAGGAAACUCUAAAACCAUCAUGAUUGCAACCAUCUCCCCUGCGGACGUGAACUACGGCGAGACCCUGAGCACGCUGCGCUACGCUAAUCGCGCCAAAAACAUCAUCAACAAACCCACCAUCAACGAGGACGCCAACGUGCGGCUGAUCCGCGAGCUGAGAGCCGAGAUCGCUCGCCUCAAAGCCCUGCUCGCACAGGGGAACCAGAUUGCGCUCCUGGAUUCUCCCACAGCUCUGAGUAUGGAGCAGAAACUCCACCAGAAUGAGGCUCGGGUCCUGGAGCUGACGAAGGAGUGGGCAAACAAAUGGAAUGAAACACAGAACAUUCUUAAGGAGGAGACUCUAGCCCUGAGAAAGGAAGGGAUCGGUGUGAUCCUGGACUCAGAACUUCCUCAUCUCAUUGGCAUUGACGACGACCUGCUCAGCACCGGGAUCAUCCUCUACCACCUGAAGGAGGGGAGGACAUGUGUAGGCCGGGAAGACGCCGCCAUCGAACAGGACAUCAUUUUACACGGACUGGGACUGGAGAGCGAACACUGUCUGUUUGAGAGUCAGGAUGGCACCGUGACGCUGAUCCCUCUGAACGAGUCGCAGUGCUCUGUAAACGGAGUCCACAUCACCGAGCCCUGCCAGCUCAACCAAGGUGCUGUAAUCCUGCUUGGUAGAACCAACAUGUUCAGAUUUAACCACCCUAAAGAGGCAGCCAAACUACGUGAGAAGAGGAAGAGCGGUCUGCUCAGCACACUGAGUCUUUCUAUGACUGAUCUCUCCAAGUCCUGUGAAAACCUCUCCACAGUCAUGCUCUACAACCCUGGUCUCUACACAGAGAAGGGACCGGUCUUUCUCAGAUUGGAAUUUGAGAGGCAGCAGCGAGAAGAGCUGGAGAAGCUCGAACACAAAAGGCGUCUGAUAAAGGAGAUGGAGGAGAAGCAGAAGUGUGAGAAGGCAGAGCUGGAGCGCAUGCAGCAGGAGGUGGAGUCUCAGAGGAAGGAGUCCGAGCAGGUCCAGCAGCGCAUCCGCAGGCAGGAGGAGAGUCUUCACAAACGCAGCCAAGACAUCGAGAGCCGUAUGAGGGACCUGCUGGCCGAGAAGGAGCGCUUCCAGGAGGAGCGUCACAGGGAUCAGCAGGAGCAGAAACAUAGAAGAAGACAGCAGCAGCUUGAGGAGCGUCUGGAGGAGGAAGAAGAAGUGCAGGAAAAGGAGGAACAAGAGGAGGAGGAGGAAGAAGUAGAGGAGGACGGGGGGGACGAGGAGGACAAUUUGCAGUCCAGGAGAGAACACACCGAGCAGACAGAGCUCUUCAGAGAACUGGAGCGUCUGAAACGCGAGCGAGAAGAACAGGCUGUUAAAAUCCAGCUGGAAAGAAGACGUCUGGAGGAGCGUGAGCGGGAGCAGCUGUCCCUCGUGGGUCGUCUGGAGGAGCAACUGCGCGAGCGGAGCGAGGAGGCGGCGGCGCUCCUGAGCCGGGAUGAGGCCCGGCGUCUGGAGGAGGAGCAGCGGACCCUGGCCGAGAUCCGCGAGGGGCUGCUGCUCGCAAAGGAGGCGCGCGUGGAUGGCGAGGACGCCGGUGAGGAGGCGCUUAGGAGUGCCCGGGGGCGGUAUGAGUGUUUCAAACUGGGGCAGGUGCAGGAGCUUGGGGUGUUGUUGGAGGGGCUGUCGCAGCAGAAGGAGCGGCUCGAGAAGGAGGUGGCCAACGAUCACGCCGCCCUCGGGGUCCUGCAGCACGCCCACCGGGAGAAACAGAGACUGGUGCGUGAGACGGUGACGUGGGGAGCGCAGGACACGGCGUCUCUCCUGCAGGAGGAGGCUCAGCUCUCUCAGGCCGAGCACAGGCUGCAGUGUAAAGAGCGCCAGCUGCUCUCCCUGCGCCAGAGCCAUCUGCCCGCCGUGUCGGAGGAGCUGCACCGAGCCCAGGAGGCGCUGGAGAGAGUGCGGGGCAGAGAGACGGGGGGUAGCCCCGAGCAGGUGGAGAUGGAACUGGACGAGAUGCUGUUUCAGAUAGAGAAGGAGUUGGAGGAGAAGGAGGAGCGUCUGUCUCAGCACAGCGCCAGUGCCGAACAGCUCCUCCAGCUGCAGCAGACCUACGAGUUCACGGCCAACGUGGCGCGGCAAGAGGAGAAGGUGCGGCGUAAAGAGCAGGAGAUCCUGGAGACGAGGGAGAAGCAGCAGAGGGAGGCGCUGGAGCAGGCGGUGGCCCGGCUACAGAGGAGACACUCGGCCCUGCGCCGGAGCCUCAGUCUGGAGCCCGAGGCCGAGGAGGCUCGCAGGAGGAGCGUCGUGGCCUCCCUGGGGCACAACGGCACACGGAGCACUGCAGUGCCCGAGCUCGACCAGGAGAGGAUGGAGAGGGAAAUCGCUCAGCUAAAGCAGAGGAUCAGUGAGAGCGAGGCGACUGGGCGGAGCCUGUCCGUGAGCAGUGAUGACAAGAACAGUGUGGGGAACUGUCCGAUGAGCCCCAUCCAGAGCCUCAACACAGUGCUGCCUCUCACUGACGACCGGUUGAAAGCGUACAUUGAAGAAGAGGUUCAGAAGAGACUACGGCAGAUGAACCUGCUGAACACUGACAACAACAACGGUCUGUCGCUGUCCUCAGAGUCUCUGCAGGAGGACGAGGAAGUUAGUGAGCGUAGUAGCUCGGUUAGUGUGAGUGAGCAGAACAACCAUACGCAUCCUGUGGAUCCACGUAGACAGAAGUACGAGCGCUUCGUGUCCGUCCCUUUAAGUCCGAGUCCGGAGAGCUUGAAGGAUCCGGUGAAGAUCAGCAUCCCGCGUUACGUCCUCCGGGGACAGGGCAAGGACGAGCACUACGAGUUUGAAGUCAAGAUCACAGUUCUGGAUGAAACGUGGACCGUGUUUCGACGCUACAGCCGCUUCAGAGAAAUGCACAAAUUCCUUAAAGUGAAAUACCCAGAGCUCGCAGCACUGGAGUUCCCCCCAAAAAAAAUAUUUGGUAACCGAGAUGAGAGAAUGGUGGCGGAGAGACGCAGUCACCUGGAGCGCUACUUGAGAAACUUCUUCCAGAUCAUGUUGUCGUCCUCCUGCUCUACGUCUCCUCUGCGAUCGGGCGACUCGGGCCUGCAGCUCUCCAAGCACGCCGUGUGCGAUAUCUCGCCCUUCUUCAAGAAAGGAGUGUUCGACUACAGCAGUCAUGGAACAGGCUGACUGACUACGACCACACCCACCUCCACUCAUGCUCUGUCACUUUUAUACGUCCAGGCACAUUUCCUGUUCCCCCUAAAAAAAAAAAAAAACCACACAAAAACAAUCCUUCGCUCCGUACAGUCUCAGGAUAGCACCGGGGUAGACAUGCGCAGCAAGCCAAAGUUACUAGCCUCAGUGCCUGUGGUGGUGCCACAGUGAAGUCCGGAUACAACAUGCCAUCAGUGUCUGUGCGAGAUCCCUUCAUCCAGACCUGUUUCUUUUUACUAUAGCAACUAUAAUAAUAAUAAUAACAAUAAUGUGUGACUGAAUUAUGUGCAGCUAUUUGGUCUAGUUGAUCCUGUUGAGGUAAAAAAAAAUUUCGAGAAAAAAAACAAAAAAGAUUUGGGAUAAAAAACACGACUAGUGACGCACGGCCAGUAAUCCAUCAGACGUCUUAGCGCGGCAUUGCUGUAUCCGUCAUAGUGAAUACGUCUGCGUGUAUAGCAGGACGCUAAUCCCUAUGCAAGUACAUCGCCUGAACUUACUUAACAACCUACCACAUGCUAACGCUAACGUCCAUGUCAUAUCUCCACUGCCAUUACUGUGUGUAAAGUGGUGCGCUGUUUUGGAACGAAGUAGAACAUUUCAUUCAGCUGACGUCUUCCGAAAAGAGCACUCCAUACUCAGUUCACAUCUGUUCUCACAAGCUACGCCGGAGUGACCGCCAUGUAUCUAAAUCCGGAUAAAUGCGCCAGAGCACAUAGCUCAUAGUUUAGAAUUGGUUUCUAGAGCAUGCUCGUCUUUAUACUAAAAUUAAAACACUAACCCGUUCAUGUGCUGAUACUAAUACAAAGGAGCGUUCAAGUCAAACCGGGACUUUUGAUUGUGCACAAUAACAGAACACAGUUAUGAAAGUAAAAACUCGCUUUAU